GCCCAUUUCAAACAAUGGUUUUUUGUAUAGUCACAGAGUUGUACAACCAUCACAUUUUCAUCUUUCUCCAUUUUUACAUUUGAGGAAACAAGUUUGAGCCAUUAAGGAAGCUUGCUUAGAGAAACACGAACCAGCAGGGCUGGGGAACUGCAGCGGUUGUCAGGGGCUGAGAUUCCAGUCCAGGCCCAGACCCCCUUCAAGAAGUUAGACCAGUCACCUGGGAGCUGUGUGGUGUGGUAGGUAAACAAGCAGGCACUUACUGCCAGGAUAGACUUGGGUUCAAGGCUUUGUUCUGGUAUCUAGAAGCUCUGUGACCUUUGGUAAAACCUCUUGGAGGCUUGGUUUUCUCAUUUGAAAAAUGAGGGCAAUUCAAUAAAUGAGGGGGCUGACUCACUUGUAAGAUCCCUUUCCAGCUAUGUAAUUCCGAACUUCACUGAGGGGGGAAAUAAUCAAAAACAAAUUCCCCGAGCAUCCAGUGCAACCAGAGAGAUAAUGAAUUCCCUAAAGACAGGCCCACAUAUUUCCCUCGUACUCUUGGAGCGGCUGGCACAGGCCUUUUGAGUUCUCACUGACGGGCCUCCGCUGGUGGAAAGACAAAUGCCUAAGAUGAUCCUUGGAAAGGCAGAGAAGGGUGGGAAGAGUCGGGGUACGGCGCAUAGGGGGCGUCCGGCCUUCGGGUGGUCCGCCCAGGAAUGGGCAAUGAUCCUGUAACUGUAAACACGGGUGGGAGGGAUCAGAGGCGACUCUUCCUUAAGGCCAAGUUCAGCCGCUGUGUGAGGGCUAGACAGGAGGAGUGUGUUGGUGGGAUAGUUCUAAAAAUAAGUUUUCAAAGCUGCGUUGGAUGACACUACACGAGGCGUGGCCCGGCUGCAGCCCCCGACCCCCCGCCCCGCUCUACUCCCACCUGUCCACGCGAUUUGGUAUGCUCGGCCACGGCGCUAAGCCCCCCUCCUCGGUCGUACGAUUGGUACACCCAGGCUCUGGGCGUUGCAACUCCACGAAAGACACGCCCCCGUCACGCCUCUAUUUCUGAUUGGCUGGAGAAUUUAACGAUCCGGCCGGUGACUGGGUGAUUCUCCACUCCUAGUAUUUGAAAGUUCUUAGUGCCCAAAUUUCCCAAUCCAGCCAGAGCUGCACAGCUUGUUCUUCCGAGAGCCGCUGCAGACCUGCGGAGGCAGUGGCGAUGUUGUCAGACACUCAGGCAGCGCCAGCGGAAUCCGAGGACGCGGAACUGCGGUGUCGCGUGGCAGUGGAGGAGUUGAGCCCGGGCGGGCAGCCGCGAAGGCGCCAGGCCCUACGCACAGCUGAGCUAAGCCUGGGUCGUAACGAGCGCCGCGAAUUGGUGCUGCGGCUGCAGGCUCCGGGGUCCGCGGGGCGGCCGCGCUGCUUCCCCCUGCGCGCGGCGCGCCUCUUCACGCGCUUCGCCGCUACCGGGCGGAGCACACUGCGGCUCCCCGCCGACGGCGAACCCCGCGCGGGCGCCGUGCAGCUGCUGCUCUCCGACUGUCCCGCGGACCGCCUGCGCCGCUUCCUGCGCACGCUGCGCCUCAAGCUGGCGGUGGCCCCAGGUCCCGGCCCUGCCUCUGCCCGCACGCAACUGCUUGCUCCUCGGCCCCGCGACUUCGUCACCAUCAGCCCCGUGCAGCCCGAGGAGCUGCGGCGCGCGGCGGCCAUCCGGGCUCCGGACACUUCACCAGUGAAGCGGCCCAUGGAGUUCCGGGCGGGAGCCGAGCCCAGCACCAGGAGGACAGGAAUUGCGGGGGAAGCUCCAAGGUGGCCCCUGCCUGUAAAGAAGCUGAGCUUGCCCCCCACCAAACCACGGCUUUCCCAGGAACAGGCUGCUGUGCUGAGGACAGUCCUGAAAGGCCAGAGCAUUUUCUUCACAGGGAGUGCAGGGACAGGGAAGUCUUAUCUGUUGAAGCGUAUCCUGGGCUCGCUGCCUCCCACAGGCACUGUGGCCACGGCCAGCACUGGGGUGGCAGCCUGCCACAUUGGGGGUACUACCCUCCAUGCCUUUGCAGGCAUUGGCUCAGGCCGGGCUCCCCUGGCCCAGUGUGUGGCUCUGGCCCAGCGGCCAGGUGUGCGGCAGGGCUGGCUGAACUGCCAGCGGCUGGUCAUUGACGAGAUCUCCAUGGUGGAGGCGGACCUGUUUGACAAGCUGGAGGCUGUGGCCAGAGCUGUCCGGCAGCAGAACAAGCCAUUCGGAGGGAUCCAGCUCAUCAUCUGUGGGGACUUCCUUCAGCUGCCACCUGUAACCAAGGGCUCCCAGCCCCCACAGUUCUGCUUCCAGGCCAAGAGCUGGAGGAGGUGUGUCCCAGUGACCCUGGAGCUGACUGAAGUGUGGAGACAGGCAGACCAGACCUUCAUCUCUCUGCUGCAGGCUAUCAGGCUGGGCAGGUGCUCAGAUGAGGUGACCCGCCAGCUCCGGGCCACUGCCACCCACAAGGUGGGGCGAGAUGGGAUUGUAGCUACAAGGCUCUGCACCCACCAGGAUGACGUGGCCCUUACCAACGAGAGGCGGCUGCAGGAGCUGCCAGGUGAGGUACACAACUUUGAGGCUAUGGACAGUGACCCUGGUCAAGCCCGGACCCUGGAUGCUCAGUGUCCUGUUAGCCGGCUCCUUUGUCUAAAGCUGGGGGCCCAGGUGAUGUUGGUGAAGAACUUAUCAGUGUCCCGCGGCCUGGUGAACGGCGCCAGAGGGAUAGUAGUCGGGUUCGAGACCGAGGGGAGAGGGCUGCCCCAGGUGCGGUUCCUGUGUGGAGUCACCGAGGUCAUUCGUGCUGACCGCUGGACAGUGCAGGCCACUGGGGGCCAGCUCCUCAGCCGGCGGCAGCUGCCCCUCCAGCUGGCCUGGGCAAUAUCAAUCCAUAAGAGCCAGGGCAUGUCCCUGGAUUGCGUGGAGAUUUCUCUGGGCCGUGUGUUUGCCAGCGGCCAGGCCUAUGUGGCCCUUUCCCGGGCCCGCAGUCUGCAUGGCCUGCGUGUGCUGGACUUUGACCCCAUGGUGGUUCGCUGUGAUCCCCAAGUGCUGAACUUUUAUGCCACCCUGCAGCAGGGCAGGGGCCUCAGCCUGGGGUCCCCAGAUGAUAAUGAGGCAGCUUCAGACCAGGAGAACAUGGAUCCGGGCCUUUAAGCUGCAAAGAGAAGACAGAGGUGGUCUCCUCAUCCUGCUUCCCUGUGGGGCCAGGACCCCCAGGGCUAAGUGGGGGACAGCAGCCAGUGUCACGUUCUCCCUUCAUUAAAGGUUCUCAGCCUCUGGGCAGGGCUCAAGGGAGGGUGCUUCCUGUCAUCUGCCAGCUGUGCCUAGUUUUUCCCCUUGCCCUGGGUGAGCUGUGUCCAGGGUCAACAGUGACCCUUCCUGUACCAGUUGGAAUGGGACUUGUGGUGGUAUCUGGUGUUAGAGGACAAAGCUCCCUGUGAGGGCUGGCCACAGGCCCACACAGACAUGAAGGCCACUCCCUUAGGGCCAUGGAGGAGAGAGGCAGAGAAGACAGGUAGUCUUGGGUGGGGGACUCAGCCCAUCACAGGCCCAAAGAAAGGAGGGAACUUAGGAGUCUCCUCACAGCUAGGCCAGGCCUCAUACCAGCCAGGAUAAACGUCCUGAGCCUAGCCUGAGAACACUACAGACUGUGCCUGUUUCUUAAGCUGCUUUUUCAGGGAGGACAUAGUCGGGGGUAGGGGGGUAUCGGAAUGGAUAUUAUCCGAUUGUAUUUAUUCAGGACAAAUAAACUUGGGAAUUG